AUGUGGCGGCGGCGGCGGGCGCGGGGCGGCGGCGGCGGGCGCUGGUGGCCGGCGGCGGCCCUGGUGCUGACGCUGUCGGUGCCGGCGGUGCGGCCCGGUGGGCUGUACUCGGCCUCUGACCCUUUGGAGCUGUUGGGGACGGAGGCGGAGGGGCGGCUGCUGGGCUCCCCCAGCGCCUGGGCCGUCGAGUUUUUCGCGUCCUGGUGCGGGCACUGCGUCCACUUCGCGCCCACAUGGCGGGCCCUGGCCAACGACCUCCGCGAGUGGAGGCCUGCGGUGAUGCUGGCGGCCAUCGACUGUGCCGACGAGGCCAACCAGCAAGUGUGUGCUGAUUUUGGGAUAACUGGCUUUCCCACGCUGAAGUUCUUCAGAGCUUUUAGCAAGAAGGCAGAGGAUGGGAUAAGGAUUACCAAUCCCGGUGCCAGCGUGGAGGACCUGCGCCAUGCUAUCAUCACCAACUUGGAGCAGAGCCAGGAUGCCUGGCCGCCUGCCUGCCCUCCGCUGGAGCCAGCCAGCACGGAGGAGGUUCGCACCUUCUUCCAGAGGAACAAGGACCGGUACCUGGCUCUGAUCUUCGAGAAGAGUAACUCCUUUGUGGGCAGAGAGGUUGCACUGGACAUGCUGCAGUACGAGAACGUGGCGGUGAGGAGGGUGCUAAGCAGUGAGAAGGAUCUCGUGGAGAAGUUCGGCGUCACCACUUUCCCCUCUGGCUACCUGCUGCUCCGCAAUGGCUCCUUUUCCCGCCUGCCUGUGCACAUGGAGGCACGCUCCUUCUACACCUACUACCUGCGCACGCUCUCGGGCAUCACCCGCGGCUCCUACAAGCUCAACACAACCAUCAGCGCAUCCAACGAGACCAACACAUCCCAGCCAAAGCCUGCUGACCGCUCCAAGGUGUACAUGGCCGACCUGGAGUCCACACUGCACUACACGCUGCGGGUGGAGGCUACCCGCCCUGCCGUGCUGUCAGGAGCACAGCUGGAUGCCUUCAGGUGCUACGUGGCCUUGCUGGUGAAGUACUUCCCUGGGCGCCCCUGCGUGCAGACCUACCUGCAGUCGCUGGAUACCUGGCUGAGGAACUGGACGGAGCCUGAGCUGCCCCGCAGCACUUUGAAGGAGGCCAUGAAGAAUAAGAGAGAUGCCUCCCACCCUGCUGUGCUCCCCACCAAUGUGACCUGGGUGGGCUGCCAGGGCAGUGAACCCCACUUCCGUGGCUACCCCUGCGGGCUCUGGACCAUCUUCCACCUGCUGACUGUCCAGGCUGCCCAGAGCGGCCCUGACAAAGAGCUGCCGCUGGAGGUGCUGGGCACCUUGCGCUGCUACGUCCGGCACUUCUUCGGCUGCCAGGAGUGUGCGCAGCACUUCGAGGCCAUGGCGGCAGAGUCCAUGGAGCGGGUGGCAGGCCGGGAGGAGGCCGUCCUCUGGCUCUGGUCCCACCACAACCGGGUCAACGCUCGCCUGGCAGGAGGUGACACGGAGGACCCCAAGUUUCCUAAGCUGCAGUGGCCUCCACCCGACAUGUGUCCCCAGUGUCACAAGGAGGAGCGGGGAGUGCACGCCUGGGACGAGGCAGCCGUGUUCACCUUCCUCAAGGCACACUUCUCCCCGGCCAACAUCUCCCCAGACUACGCUGAGGCUGACCCCAUCCCCAGGGAGGGGACGGGUGCCAGGCUGGGCAGUGAGCAGCCGCGAGCAGAGAGAGAGGAAGAGGAGGAAAAGGAGACAGAGGGUGAGCUGAGAGCUCCGGGGCGACCGGGCUCCCCCGAGCCACGCCGGCCCAGCAUUGUGCGGCUGAACCCCAGGCAGCGGGAGGCAGGUGAGGACAUCGUGGACCUGGACUCCUUCAGCGAGCAGCACUUCAAGAGCCAGGCCCUGAGCGCGGCAGCUGGCCGGCGCCAGCGCCUCAGCAAGCGGGACACCAUUGCCCUGCCCCGCGGGGCCGGGCUGGGUCGCGAGCGCCGGCGGGCUCCUGCCGGCCUGCUCCGGCACCGCGACGAUGAGGAGGAGGCUGGGGACAGCCUGAGGAGGAGUCCCUGGCUGCGGGUGCUGGGCUUGGGCUUCUCCCGCCUGGACAUCAGCCUGUGCGUGGCCCUGUACCUGCUGUCAUCCCUGUGCCUGCUGGGCAUGUACACCUUCUUCCGCCUGCGCACGCGCGCCCGCAAGAGCCGCCCCGGCUUCCCCAUGGCCUGAGAACAGCCCUGCGAUGGGGCAGCGUGUGCUCCUCCAGCGGGAAGGGGGCUGGGGGGCGGGGAUUGUCCCCUGUCGCAGCAGUCACCUCACCCGGGGUAGAGGGGUCUUUUGGAGGGGAGAGGAGGUGUUGGAGCAUCCCCCUCUCUGGUUGCAAGGCCAUGGUUUUGGGGGUGUGGGAGCUGGGAGGCCACCUGCUGCCCUGGGGAGCUCCUCGCCGCAGGGCUGGUUUCAGACUGGAAAGCCCAAUCCCAUGCUCGGGAGCAACCCUUUGGGGUCAAACCACUACUGGGCUGGGAGGUGGGGGAUGGGGAGGAGUUAGCCCCCCCCCCCAAAAACACAGACCCCACUGAGCUGGAGGGGUGGCAGUUGUGUGUUCAGCUGCAUUUUUGUGUCCUUCACUUUGAGACAGGGAGCGGGGCCUGUCUCCCUGCCUUGUCCCUCCCCAGGCUGCUGCUCGCUCUCUGCUUGUCUUAGUGGAAUAAAUUAUUUUUGCUGAGGCCGACCCCGCUGUGUCAGCUGGUCCCUGCUGUGUGGACACCCUGGGACAGCACCUCCCCUCCCCAGCCUCCCCCAUCGCCCCAGGAACAGCACUGCCUUGGUUUAAAUUCUUUAAAAUAAUUGUAUGUGUUGUUACUGUACCUUUUUCUCCUGCUUUUUGCUUCUGGAUGCACCUGUGGCUGGCUCCCCCCAUACAGCUGGCAUGGGCACAGGAUCAGGGUGGCUCGGGGUUUGUCCUCAGGCAGGGAGUAAGGGGGAAAGGGAGGGAGGCAGGAAGCUGCUGGAAAAAAGCUGGCACAAGCCACCGAGCCAGAUGAGCCCGUGGUCCAGGGUAGGGAGACGGGUAGGAGCAUCCCCACAUCCCCCCGGGGACUGGGACCUCCGCAGGCGCCUGUCCCCGAUUCUCUCUGCCCUUUUAUCCUUGUUAGGGAUCAUUAAGGAAAAUGGUUGUUUUCCAGAGCUAGGGCCGGGGCCAUCUGCUCUCCCGGCGCUGCCUAAAUCCUCCUGUAACAAAUUCAUUGGGAUUACGCUGCCCUCCCCUAAUCCCGGCCCUUCCCCCUACGCGGGGGAUUUAAAAGGAUUAGAGCCCCGCCGAUAAUAAACUUUAUUAAGGGGGGCGUGUGUGUGUCAA